CCUUAAGGAAUUUGAUCCGCUCAUUGUACUCGAGGUGUUAGAUUAUUUCCUCCCAUGGAUAGAAUGGUACAUGAGAUUAUUUCCUCCCAAGGAUAGAAUGGUACAUGCUCUUGGUCUCGACUAAAUCAUAGUACGUGCUCUUGAUCUUGACUAAGUAAUGGUCUCCCACGAACAGAACCCAUAGUUUAGUAGAAAUCUAUCUCGUAAUAUAGUCGUCUUGUUUUUUUUUUUUUUUUUUUUUUUUGUAAAGAUCAUUUAACCAGUGUGCUCUUCCAAAUGAACCAUACUUGUGUUUUUAAAUUUUUGAGCCACUUUAUUUUACACGUCCUUAUAAGCAAUUGUUUGCGUCUAUUGCUAUAUAAAGAGCUAAUUCCUCUACCAUUGUUGCAAAAAGCACAAACUAGUUUAGUUCCAAAUAUGGGAACACCACCAAAGUUGGGGCAAUGGCCCCUUCUUGCUUAUGCUUUUGCCAUUUGCUUGAUAGUCACUUGUGUAGCAGCUGAUUAUAAGCACAUUUAUGAUUCAUCAUCUUUGUCAUCCCUUUAUAAGUCACGACCGCCUCCGUCACCUUCUUCUCGACGCCCUUCCUAUUACAAAUCACCACCGCCACCUUCUCCCCGACGUCGUCCUUCCUAUUAUAAAUCACCACCGCCACCUUCUCCCCGACGUCCUUCCUAUUAUAAAUCACCACUGCCACCUUCUCCCCGACGUCCUUCUUAUUAUAAAUCACCGCCGCCACCUUUUCCCCGACGUCCUUCCUAUUAUAAAUCACCGCCGCCACCUUCUCCCCGACGUCCCUACUAUUAUAAAUCACCGCCGCCACCUUCUCCCCGACGUCCUUACUAUUAUAAAUCACCGCCGCCACCUUCUCCCCCACGUCCUUACUAUUAUAAAUCACCGCCGCCACCUUCUCCCCGACAUCCUUACUAUUAUAAAUCACCGCCGCCACCUUCUCCCCGACGUCCUUACUAUUACAAAUCACCACCACCUCCACCAUCAUCACCACCUCCACAUUCUUACAAAUCCCCACCACAACCUUCUUUGUGUGUGCUAUUUAUUCUUCGCUUACAUCACGGCGUAAGUAGGUUCUGUCUAAGGAGGUUGGUAUUUAAGUGGUCCAGCUGUGACCCUCCAAUCUUUCCUGGGAACCUGCUUACAAAGGUCAGAUUUGGGAUUCAAAUCCUAACACCUUCUCUAUCUCCACCACCAGCUUAUUACUAUAAAUCACCACCACCACCAAUCCUUUCUCAUCCUCCACCUUAUUAUAAGUCACCAGUACUUCCAUCUCCAUCUUCAUCGCCACUUGCAUCUCCAUCUCCAUUGUCAUCACCAUCGACUACACCUAUUGCUGAACCAUUUCCAUCUCCAUUACCACCACCACCAUCCACUACUCCUAUCGCUGAAACAUUUCCGUCUCCAUCGCUGCAACCACCAUCAGCUACACCUAACGCUGGACCAUCUCUAUCUCCAUCACCACCUCCAUCUUCAUCUCCAUUGCCACUACCAUCGACUACACAUAUCGCUGAACCAUUUCCAUCUCCAUCAUCACCACCACCAUUGGCUACACUUAUUACUGAACCAUUUCCUUCUCCAUCGCCGCCACCACCAUCAAUUGCACCUAUUGUUGAACCGUUUCCAGCUCCAUCGUUGCCGCCACCAUCUCCCCCACCUCCACCAUCAGGAAAGCCUCCUCCUCUCUAAUCCGUAUUCCACCACUUCUAGGUGUUCUAUUACCUCUAGUAUUGCAGGUUCCCCCACUCCCACAUGUGCCAUU